AUGUCAUCAGAUCAAGAUCUGGCAGAAAAGACCGUGGACCUAAGCGCCGGCGGUGAGUGGCAGUAUCAUGAUGCUAGCAGAUCGUGGCUUGUUCCUCCGUCUGCGUCUUCGGGCACAGACACUGAUAUUUAUUACACGCACGAAAUAGCCCAAGGGGAUGGUUUGCACGUACCACCCUCUCUAUGCAAAGAAACCUCCAAGACUGCUUCACUCCAGAGCCACGGUUCUGCCUGUGGGCUGGACUGGGCUGGAUCUGGUCGCAACGGCAGAAUUUUCCUUCACUGCCCAACUGCUCGACUUCUUCCCCCGAUGCAAGGCAAUAAUAAUAAUAAUAAUAAUAAUAAUAAUAAUAAUAAUAAUAUGCAUAUCUACGACACCUUGGGGCCGUUCUCGACGAAUUCAUUCCGUGGCGAUACCAGAAAUCCGCAAUGUCCUUCCCAAAACACAUACGUAAGCCUGUAA